UCGGAAAAGUCCGCCCCCUCCAAGUAGUCUUUGGAGAAGACGGCCAGCCAUUUUAGUGAAUGAGCUGGCUUUCACAGCGCAACUGUAGGACGGAGAACCUCAGGACUCAUAUUCAACCUAUUUCUCUUACAACUGUUAGUGGGAAUUGACUACUAUGAACUGAAACUCUUCCUAAAAACAAUUAACCAGUAGAUCCAAGUGAAGUGACGCAUAAGCCAGUAGAAUCCAGUGUCGAGUUGUAAUUUUUUGCACCUCAAUGUGUAGCUAGAGGAAAUGGCUGUGGAAAGCAUGACUGUCCAUCCAAACUCCCCAACAACAACCAACCACGAACACAACAGCCUUCUCACUGAUGAAAGGCGAGAGGACGGGGAGCUGGAGGAGGGAGAGCUGGAGGAUGAUGGAGGGGAGGUGGAAGAGGAGGAGCCCAGCGGAGGAACAGCAGCAGUAGGAGGAGAUGGAGGAGAGGAUGAUGGAGGUGCAGCAGCAGCAGCAGCAGCAGGAGGAGGAGGAGGAGGAGGGGGGGGGGGAGGAGGAGGAGGAGGAGGAGGAGGAGAGGAGGCACCCCCGCCAGAGAAACGGCGCCGGAGCAAAGAACGCCAUGCCAGCCCCUCAGACGAAGACAAGGCGCACCGCCGCAAGAGGAAGAGGAGGAAGGAGAGGGAGCGGGAGAAGGAGAAGAGGAGAGCCAAGAAACGCCGUAAAUCCAAACACAAACGCCAUGCCUCGUCCAGUGACGACCACUCAGACUUCAGUGAUGAUUCAGAAUACAGCCCCAGUGAGAAGAGGAAAUACAGGGACUACAGCCCCCAGUACCCUCCCCCGUCUCAUGCAGGCUACCCUCCCCCUCCCCCGUCGGGCCACGGGGGCCCCCUGCCCAAGAAGGGGGCCGGGGGCGGCGGGGGCUACAUGAAGAUGGACAAGGCGGGGGGCUAUGGGGGCUACGAGGACUACGAGGAGGACACCUACGAAGGGGAGGAGGACGAGGACAUGGUCGACCAAGACUACGACGACUUCGCCAAGGAGCUCAACCAGUACCGCAAGGCCAAGGAGGGGGGCGGCGGGGGCGGGACCACCCGCGGGGGCCGGGGGAGCAAGGCAGGAGCCAGAGGGGGCAAAGGUCGCAUGAAGAACCAGAGGGGGCGUGGCCGCGGAGGCAUGAGGGGAGGGAGAGGGGGUAGAGGAGGAGGAGGAGGCCGGGGUAGGGGGGGAGGUGGACGAGGAGGAGGAGGGGGAGGAGGAGGGGGGGGAGGAGGGGGGGGAGGAGGUGGAGGAGGGAAGAUGGGAGGAGAGAACGAUGAUGGAGAAGGAAUGUACGGAGGAGACGACAUGGAGUACGGGGAGGACGACUAUGACAACAUGGCCGAGGAUGAUUAUGAAGACUACUCCAAGGACAUGAACCCGUACAGGAAGAAAGACCGGGGCAGAGGAGGUAAAGGCGGUCGCGGGCGUGGCCGGGGUAAAGGUGGGCGUGGCAUGAAUCGGGGCCGAGGCCGUAACCGAGGGCGUGGCCGGGGCGGAGACCAGGGUCACGACGAGGACAACAAUGGAGACAUGGAGACGGGGGACGGAGGGGGAGGAGGAGGGCAGAGGAGGACUGAUGAGAAGCAGCAGGAUAAGAAGGGGAAGGCAAUCUGCAAGUACUACAUAGAGGGACGCUGCACCUGGGGAGACCACUGCAACUUCAGCCACGACAUCGAGCUGCCCAAGAAGAAGGAGCUGUGCAAGUUCUACAUCACAGGCUUCUGUGCCCGCGCAGAAAACUGCCCCUACAUGCACGGUGACUUCCCCUGCAAGCUGUUCCACACCACAGGGAACUGUGUGAACGGGGAUGAGUGCAUGUUCUCCCACGACGCCCUGACGGACGACACACAGGAGCUGCUCAACAAGAUGUUGGCGGAGGAUGCCGAGGCAGGAGCGGAGGAUGAGAAGGAGGUGGAAGAGCUGAAGAAGCAGGGGAUCAACCCCCUCCCCAAGCCGCCCCCCGGGGUGGGCCUCCUCCCCACGCCCCCCCGGCCGGGCCCCCCCGACAACUCCAGCGCCGGAGACUUCUGUCCCUCAGGGGGGGACUUCGGCCCCCCGGGGCCCCUCCAGGGCGGGCCCAUGCCCCCCAGCGGUCCCCCAGGCCCCAUGUCUGGUCCCGGCCCCUGUCCCGUUCCCCCUCCACCUUGCCAGGACGGCGGGGGUCCCUACCAGGGCCCUCCCAACCCCAACGGCCCGCCCCCAAAUAUCGGCCCCCCUCCCCCCUGCGGGGGUGGGGGCAAGAAGAUCCCUUCCCUGUUUGAGAUCAAGGUCCAGCCCACCGGACAGCUGGCCCAGAAACUAGCCGUCAGGAGUCAGACCCCCGGCUCCACCCAGGGCCAGACGGGCCCCCCCGGACCCCAGGGCCCCCCCAGUGGCCCCCCGCCCCGCUUCCCCGGCCCCCCUCCCCCAGGGCACCCCGGCAUGAUGUCCCCGGACAUGCAGAACAUGGGAAUGGGUAUGAACCAGGGGCCCCCCUCCAUGGGGCCCGGGCCCCCCAUGAUGCCGGGCUUUGGCCCAGGCGACGGGCCCCCCAUGGGGGGCAUGACACCCCCAGGGCCUGGGGGUAACUUCUUUGAGAACUUCUUCAACCAGCAGCAGAAGAUGGAGGGCGUGCUGGAGGAAGGUGAUGACUUCCAGGGCUUCGGAGGGAUGAACGAGAAACCCGGAGGAAACUUCGGCGACCAAUUGUGUGGCUCCAUGGGCGUGUCCGACGGUCCAGCCAAUGGCGGCCCGGGCGGGCCGUCUCCGGGCGUGUCGGUUCCGGACUUCCUGCCCCCGGCCCAGCGGGUGCUGUUCCUCAGGAUCCAGCACAAACAGCAGGAGGAGGAGGAGAGGCGCAGGCUGGCCGAGGGGGGAGCGGAGAGAGACAUGGAAGGAGACUCGGCUAACUGGUACUCCAGCGAGGACGAGGACGGUGGCGGCAGCGUCACGUCCAUCCUGAAGACGCUCCGCCAGCAGAGCCAGGGCCCCCCCAAGCCCGACGGCCCCCCUCUCGACCCCCGCCGCCCCAAGGGCUCCCCCGCCCACCCCCCCCACCGCCCGGCCGACCCCCGUCUCGCCCGAGACCCCCGCCUCCUCCGCUCCUCCGACCCCGACCCCCCGCACCCUGCCCCCGCCCCCGCCGGGCCCCCCGCCGACCCCCGUCUGGCUCGCGUCGCCCCCGCGCCCGCCCCCCCCGCCCAUAAGCCCGAACCCCCCCUGGUGUACAAGCCCCCGCCCCUCACGGCGCCCCCUGCGGAGGAGGAGGAGGCGGAACGUGUGCUGAGGGACAAGCCGGUGCCCAUUCCCCUGGACCCCCUGAUGGGCAUGGCCCUCAGGGACCCGCGCUGCCAGCUGCAGCAGUUCAGCCACAUCAAGAAGGACAUCCUGCUGCACAUGCCCCCGUACGCCAAGACCAUCACCUGGAACCCUGAGGACCUGCUCCCCCUGCCGCUGCCCAAGCAGGACCUGCUGCCCCUGCCCCCCGGCAUCCCCCCCGUCUCUACCCUCAACCCCCGCCUGUCCCGGACCCAGCAGCAGCUCCACACCUCCCUCCUGCCCGGCCCCCCCGCCCCCCUGGCCUCCUCGGAGCCCCCCGCCCAGCCCCCCUCCUCCUCUUCGUCAUCGACCCUGCCCGACUUUGAGCUCCUCUCACGCAUCCUCAAGACUGUCAACUCUGGGCCCCCCCAGGCCGCGCCCCCCCUCAUCCCCGUACCCCCUCCCUCGGGUCUGCUCGGCCCCCCUCCCUCCCUCCCCGUCCCACUCGACAAGCCGGUGGACCCUCGCAUGGCCCGCAAAGCCCCUCCCGCCGACCCCCGCCUCCAGCCCCAGAAAUCUGCCCUGAAGCAGCCCUCCUCCGAGCCCCCCACCCCCGCUCCCCCGGCACCUCCUCCCUCAACCACCGGCUCCUCCCCCGCCAUCGCCCCCUACGACCCACGGCUGCUGUCGGCGGGUGGAGUUGGGCGUGGCGUAGGGGGCGGGGCUUCGGCGGGCAGCAGCGUGCUGAGCGGCAUCAGCUUGUACGACCCCCGGACUACCAAACCAGGAAGCCCAGGUUCCGGCCCUGGUAACGGCUCCAGCACCCCCCCGACCACCACCACGGCCGAACCCAAGCCCAGUGAGCUGCCGGCGGGCAAGCCCAAGGCCAAGGAGCCCCUGUUCGUCCGGAAGUCAGCACUGGACCAGCCGGAGCCCGAGAAGACCGGCGAGCCGGCCACCGACCGCUACAACAGCUACAACAGGCCCCGACCCAAGCCUGCACCCUCGCCUUCCCCCGCGGCCCAGGGAGGGCCCUCCGCCCCUGGGUCGGCCGCGGCCGGGCAGGGCCCCCCUGGACCCGGCGACCAGGCCCCCCCCGCAGGCGUCCACAACCUGCCCGUGUCGUCCCUGUUCAGCCUGGUGAAACAGGCGGCCAAGCCCAGCGGGGGAGGGAGCCCCUUUGGAGGGAACAGCCCCGCCCAGUCCGACCCCACCCCCAGUGAGCAGGACAACGCCUCUCUAAAGGACGUUUUCAAAGGCUUCGACCCCACGGCUUCCCCCUUCUGCCAGUGACCUUUGCCCUCUGGACCCCUCCCAUCCUGUCUACCUGGGUCACAGGGCUGAGCGCUCCUCUGACCUGCUGUUUGAGCCGUGUGAACAUUAACGGGUCGUGGAGGAGGGGGGGGGGAGGGAGCUGGUUGGACUGCUGACAGACUUGUGACCUGUUGCUUGGUCGUGUGCACUUUGACCCAUGGCCUGGUCAGGUGACCCUGUCAUGUGACCCGCCAGCUCCCAGUGUUUCUCUUCAGAUUCUAUUACAGACUUCGGGGGAGGGAGAGAGAGAGAGGGGGGGGAAAUCUCUAUUUUAAAACAGACAGGAUAAUGUAUAGAUAUAUGUGUUUGUCUUUACCAGGUGUCCCUCCCUGCUGAACGAGAAUCGAAAUCUGAGGGCAGUGAAGUGCAUCUUGGUCGAUGCUCUUCACCGUCUCCUAUGCAUUUAUAACCCCUCCUUCCUGUGUCCUCCUCACCUAAUCAGCUGUCUGCUCUUUCUGAGUCCCUGCCCCUUCACCUGUCCAUCAGAACAAUUACCGUUAAUCAUUCGUUCUUCCCUCGUCCAAUCACAAGACUCGGACAGAGAACAUGCACUGCCACGCCCCUCUUUCUGCAGAUAUAUAUCGAGGUGUUAUAAACGAUAUGAAAUGCGUUAACGAUUCUUUGGUCUUGUUUUGCUUUUCUUUUGUUCUUUUUUUUUCUUUUUAUUUACAAAUAAUUUCCAAUGUUUGUUUCUCUCCUGACUGACAGUGUCGUCUGUCAACUACUAGAACUGGUGUCGGUCAUGUUUUAACUUUUUAACACAUCUGUCAAAGUGUGUGUGUGCGAGCGAAGCGAGUCUGUAACCUUAUCACUAGGCACAUAAUGGCAAUCACUAUAAACUGGACUGGGUUGGGCGCCAUGGCAACGCUCCGACACAACCCGUCAGACCCCCCUGUGUUGCCCUAGGGCUGUAACCUUAGCAACCUCCGGUUCUCCUCGUCUGAAUGUCAGGCUUGGGGGAGCAGAGGUCAGGGGGUCAUCCUUGAAGUUCAUCGAAGUUCACACCCCCUCCCUGACGGGGCUCAGAGAGAAGCCCCCCCCCUCACAGCCCUCCUGCCCCCUCACUGCCCAUCCCCCCCCUCACAGCCCCCCCCCCCCUCACAGCCCCUGCCCCCUCACAGCCCCACCCCACAGCCCUCCUGCCCCCUCACAGCCCCCCCCCUCACAGCCCCCCACAGCCCUGCUACCCUCGAGAACACAACCGUAUCUGUCCUUCUGUCUGUCACACGAGUGAAAUAUGAUCAUUUUAAUUUAUUAUUUUUUAUACUUAAGACAUCUGCCUCCCUUGCUACCUUCUGUCACAUCUAAUCAUUUUAUAUAUUAUAUUUUAGGUGAAUAUGUUGUCUGUUGCAGGUGGCUGAGAGACUUGGCCUCUCUUCGUAUUUGUAGGUAAAACUUCAAACUAAUAAAAUCCGCUCUCUGAGGUGACCUGAAUCAACAUGAAAAUCAAGUAUAUUGAAUUGUUUUUGUUUUUCUAGUGUACUGUCCUCAUGGCUUGACUGCACUGUAAACAAGUCCAGAUUUGAGGCCAGGUUCUGUUUUGUAAGCGCCCGUUCGUUGCAGGCGAGAUUGUUAAAGUAUUUAAUAAAGACGAGAUCGACCAGC